GAAGAGUGUUUCCGAGAUCAAGGGGAGAAAUAAGCUCGUCAAGUUGGCAGACUCGUCAGAAUGUGGCUGGGAGACAGUUAAAUGUUACGUUACUAAUCCGCUCGCUAGUGAUUCGGAGGACGAGAAGAAAAUUAACAAGGCAGAAGCAAAAGCAAACAAGAAAAGGAAAGACAAAGUAGCCAAGAAGGACAGUCGGGCUAAGUAUGGCAGGGUAUACGGCGGUCCCGGUCGUUCUGGUGGCGGCGGCGCUGUGCUUAGUCAGCUACCUAGCACUUCCGGUGGGAACACAGCAGGACAGACAUUUUUUCGUGGCCAACGAAGAGCAUGGGCAGGUGGAGCAUGUUUCGGAUGUGGAGAUUUCAGCCAUUACAGGAAGGACUGUCCACUCAACACAGGAGGCAAACAACAAGGAGUACCAGGCGGGUCUAAAUGAGUCGGUGAAGGAAGGGUCCAAGGACUUGUUGUUAGGAUUCUUAAGGAGUGCAGAGGUAUUGAAUUUGAUGAGAUGCGAUAUUCAGUUGUCCUCCACCCACACAGAGCUUUUCAUAGAGCAGUCCAAGACAGAUAUAUACCGAGACGGCUCCUGGGUUUUGAUUGCUAGAACUGAUAACAAGUUAUGCCCAGUGAGGAAUCUAAAAAUCUAUCUGCAGUUGGCAGAGAUCAGUGACAGUAGCAGUGAGUAUAUCUUUCGGAAUGUGACAAAGUGCAAGGAUCGAUAUACCCUAAGGAAGUGUAAUAAGCCGAUGAUAUAUUCAAGACUGCGAGAAUCUUUUUUGCAUCAUUUUUCCAGUGUUGUUCCAGACAUUUCGAAAUAUGGUCUUCAUAGCUUCCGAGCAGGAGGGGCUACUGCUGCUGCGAAUGGAGGAGUGGUUGAUAGACUUUUCAAGCGCCAUGGAAGAUGGCGGUCAGAGACGGCUAAAGACGGUUAUGUUAAAGACAGUGUGGUAGAAAGAUUAUCUGUUUCUCAAAAUCUCGGUUUAUAAGGGUAAAGGUUAGGGUUUAGAAGUGGGUGGAGGACUGUGAAUUUAGCAUUCGCCGUAACAUAUAUAUAUAUAUAUAUUAUUGAGACAAUUUUAAAAAGUGAGAGUUUAAACAAUGUUUUGGUAUCUCGAUCCCGUUCUUUAGGUUCAUCGUUCGUGCGUUGUGGACAAUCAUUGAUUGUUUGUUAUUGCCACCGGGGGGUUGGGUGUGGCAGAGAAAUCAUAUUUCCCGCGGUUGACACUGGAAUUAGCGGGAAAUUACUUUCUCUGCCAGUCUGACCGCCAGGUGGCGGUACUUGAGGUACUUGUGGCACGUGCAGUGACAGGUCAGUUCAGGCAACGCACUCGGUGGUCCAGGUAGAGCUAAAAUUCUUUAAAAAAAAAAAAAAAAAAUCAUUUUGUGAACUAUAUAACUACGAUAUGAAAGUUAAUGCAUAUAUAUGUAUUAUAGAUGUAUGGAUAGUAAUGGUAUGUAUAUUGAAUUGUAAUGUUGAUAACAAAUUGUUAUUAAAUGGCAUCGUUCGUGCGUUGUGGACAAUCA